CCCGCGCGCAGAUAUCGUUUCACAUCUCAUGAAGAUGUGAUUUCGAUGCAUAAUUUAUCUCCUAAACAGUUGCAUCUGUGGAUUCAUACAUUAGGUGGACUUAAUAGGAUUUUACGGAAUAUUUUAACGGGAUUCCUUGGUACUACUGGGUGAGGUGAUUAUCAGGAGAUAUGAUCCUAAACUACUAAAAUAUUGAAAUUUUAUUGCGCCGAGGCCGUGUGACUGUGAGGUGAUUGUGUGACUUUCCAUACCGUAGCCGUAGGCAUUAGCGUUGCUUGUUGAUGCAUUUUCGAUUUAGUUUCACUUUCCAUCAUUCGCACAUUUAUUGUAUUUACUAACUAUUGUUGUGAGGUUAUCGACGAAUGAAGUUUAUUUAUAAAAUAAACAAUACAUGAGAAUGGAUUAAAAUACAUCAUAUUGGAAACUUAAAUCUAGAGGAACCUCGUCUUUUCACUUCAUUACUAACUCGGUCUCAGCAAGAAGUCCUUUCUGAAUAGCGUGACCACGUCCAAUGCACAACACAUGAUGAAUGCGAAGGCGGACAUCAACUUGGAUCGGAUAAUUGAGCAGCUCAUGUCUGUUCGUUCAACCCCUGGAAAACAGGUACAACUGCCAGAGAAUCAGAUUCGGCAUCUAUGUCAGUUAUCCCGAGAGCAGUUUUUGGAAGAACCAAUGCUGGUUGAGCUAGAAGCUCCUGUCAAUAUUGUGGGUGACAUCCAUGGCCAGUAUGGAGAUCUUAUCAGACAUUUUGACAAGUGUGGUUUCCCACCUGAAUCAAACUAUCUCUUUCUGGGAGAUUAUGUAGACAGAGGCAAACAAUCCUUGGAGACCAUCUGCUUGAUGUUGGCCUACAAACUCAAAUAUCCUAACAAUUUCUUCUUACUUCGAGGAAAUCAUGAGUGCGCCAGUAUCAAUAGAAUAUAUGGUUUUUAUGAUGAAUGCAAACGACGGUACAAUAUCAAGCUAUGGAAGACUUUUACAGACUGCUUCAACUGCCUACCAAUAGCUGCUGUGGUUGAGGGCACAAUCUUCUGUAUGCAUGGGGGACUGUCUCCUGAUCUUAAUCAAGUGGAUCAACUAAGACAUAUCAACAGGCCGCUUGACAUCCCUGAUCAUGGACUGGUGUGUGAUCUCUUAUGGGCUGAUCCAGAUGAGGACAUCACAGGUUGGGGAGAGAAUGACAGAGGUGUUUCAUACACGUUUGGUGGUGAUGUGGUUAGGCAUUUCCUAAAGAAGAAUGAACUCAGUCUCAUUGUCAGAGCACAUCAGGUGGUGGAGGAUGGAUACCAGUUUUUCCAGAAGAGGAAGCUAGUCACACUCUUCAGUGCACCUAACUAUUGUGGAGAGUUUGACAAUGCAGCAGGGGUAAUGAUUGUCACCCAAGAUCUCACCUGUUCAUUCUCAAUCCUACAGCCACAAGCUGGAAAUGGACCAAAGAAAGAUGACAAAAAGAAAUGAUGGCGCUCUCUUAUUUUGAUGGAACUUUUUAUUGGGGGAAUGUAGACUAUUAAAAGGCUGUCAAAUUUAUAUGUAGAUGGGCAAAGACGGUAUCCUACCACUCGGGAUAUUCUGUAGAAAAACCCAUGCAAUCUUGAUAGUAUUUCACAAAACAGUUAUUCACUGAUAUUUCAAUGAUAACUGUUGCACGGUUCUGAAAUCUUUGCUUCUGGUUGGCUGAGAGCACAUGUAUCAUUGGAACUCAUUGAAAAGUUGCUUUGUGGAAUGCUUCACAGAACAUUGGCUUGUAGACAGGAAAUACAUGUUUUGGAAGUGUUGUAUUUGAGGGAAAUCCAUUGAAUACACAUUGCCCAAGAUUCAUCAUCAUUUGGACUAAUUCCAAGAUUGUCUUACAUCAAUAGGACUAAAGAAUAGUUGGUCCACUUCUACUACUAUUUUGUCUAAAUUUCGCCCUCCAUCCACUCCCAUUUCACAGAAGAAAGAGGCAGUUGCUAUGCUAUGUAUAUGCAGUGGAAACUUUCCUCUGAAAGGGGAGGGGGUCUAACCAUCAUUUUAUUCAAUACCCAUUUACAAUAACUGCUAUUUUUCAAAAAUGACUAUGGUCUAAUUGUAAUUUCUUCUGCUUAUUUCUUAUUUUUUCCAUAUCAUUCAGUGAAUAUUUGGUCUCUUCAUACUGAAUCUAAUCUGAGAUACAGUCAUUAAUGCUAGACACACUUGGUAGCUAAAUGAAUAUAAACAGCCUAACUGAAAAUCACACAACAAUG